UAGAGCAAGACUUUUGGCUUGUGAUUGAGCCUAAGUUCCUUGACAAUUACCCCAAAAUUACUCAAAGGCUUCGUCGUCCUGCUGUUGCUCUUGUUUCCACCAAUGGCCCCUGGAUCACGUUUAUGAAGUUAAGGUUGGAUCGUGUUCUGUAUGAUUCCUUUGAAGCUACCUCUAUUGAUGAAGCUUUGGCCUCCAAUCCUGCUACUCUUGAGUUCGAUAAGCCUAAAAAUUGGGUGGCGCCAUACCCCAAGUAUGAACCUGGAUGGUGGGAUACCUUCUUGCCGAAAGUUAAAGAAUCUGUAGUUUAGAACUUUGCCAUCUGUCUUGUUUUGCAUUCUCCAGUCCAGCUUUGUCUUAGUGCCUUAAAGUUUUGUACUGAGCUUAUUAUCAAGUCUAUAUCUUUCGUAAUGUUGUUUCUACUUUAAAGUUU